AUGGAAUAUUUAAAACAGAUAAUAAUUUUACCGUUGGAUCUCGAGUGGUAUGAUGCUAGAAGUAAUGCGAAUUUUCUCAAUGCAGUGGAUCAAUUAUGGCACCCUUUUGAUUUGAAAGGUACAACCGAUGUUGUAAUUCUUAAUAAAGGUAUUCAGUUGCUUAUGGGCAAGAAGUUUCUUGAAUCAGAGUUUCAAACACAAGCUCAGCUCCUCGUGGCUAAUCAUUAUUCAAAUAACAAUGUAUUAUCACUCUUAAAUGAUCUCAAUAACUAUUGGGAAUUUUUCUGGGAAUAUGAUACUGAAAUAUGUUUUUACCGACCAGCUUCUGAAGAGCCUGCUAUCAAAAUGUUGCACGAUUAUGUAUAUGCAGAAAGUAAUUCAAUUAAUGUAUCUUUAGGAAGUGAGUUUAAUGUCGAUGAAAAUGAUUAUCCACUUUCAAAGAGAAGAAAGUCAAAGUCAUAUAACUAA